AGGCUCUCACAAUACCUGCAUCACCCUGGUGUCUCGGUACCCGACCAGUGUACCUCUCCUACAAUGACUUUAGAGAGAAAUUACAGCGUGCAGGUCCGUGGGCUAUUACUGCUGUUGGCAGGUGUCGUGGCAGGCUUUCAGGAGAAAAGGCUCGUCUACCCUCGUCUCCUAGAAGAACGAGGCGUUGACGGUGCGAAGGUUGUUCGCAUACACGAUGGAUUGACUCUCAACUUACGAAAAGCGUCAGUCGCAGCGCCGACUCUUGUGGUGCAUGAGCACGAAAAUGGAAAACCCAUUGUUCGUUUCUACAGAGGAGGUGAUAUCGACAGAAACCUUCACGAGGAUGAAAAACAGCUGGCCACACUAAUGGUUAGCAUAACCAACAACGGCCUUGAACUGGAAGGUGUUGUGGGACCACGGCACACGAUUUCACCUGCGCCGGAGAUGGAGAGGUCAGAGGAAGGUCACGUUGCUCACGUGAUACACGAAAUAGACGAGAAGCAAAACGACAUGUUCGACGCCCUGAUUGCUAACAGAACGGAUAAAGCCGCACUGCUCGCAGAGAGACAAUACAACUAUUACCAAACGGUUCCAGCAGAAGUCACUGUAGAGGUGUUUGUAAUCUCAGAUAAGAUUCAUCAGCAGCGUUUCGUUCAGACGCAACACCUGCUUGGCUACAUGUGCGUCAUGAUUAACAGCGCCAACUUACGCCUCCAAGACACGAGUGCUCCAAGGAUAAAACUCCUCCUGAUUGGACUCGAGAGAGUUCUGAGCGCAAAGGACGAGCCAUACCUGAAAGGAGAUGACAAGUACAUGGACGACACAGCGACCAUCACGAGCCUAGUGGAACACGUCAAGACGAGAAAACAUGUAUACGGAUAUCCCGAUGUGGUCUACUUAGCUACGGGACGUGACAUGUAUGCGAUGGAUAGUGGUGUGCCAGAUACUAGGCGUAAAGGACUGGCCUUCGUCGCUGGAGUCUGCACCGAGUUGUUCGUGGCUAUUGGUGAAGACAAUGCUGGCUCCUACGAUGGAAUGCACGCCCUUACGCACGAAGUGGCGCACUUAUUGGGAGCUGCGCACGACGGGGAUGCGCCCAAGACCAACGUUGUGCCCGGUCACCCAGGUGCACUGGCGUGCCCGUUCAGCCAGGGAUACAUCAUGAGUUACCUCAACACUGGACCCAACUACCACCGUUUCUCUCCGUGCAGCGUUGUGCAGAUGCGAUAUGUUAUGAGGCUCCGAGGGCCACUCUGCUGGCGGGUGAAAUCCCAGGGGCACAAGGUGGAUGGCUACUAUCCGGGUAUGCUGGUUACGCCGCAGAAUAUUUGCAAAUACAAAUUCCCCCGGGAGCCAAGCGUGAAAGCGGACAUGUCGCCUGCUGUUCUUAGACGAUGCAAAGUGCGCUGUGUGUACCCGAAGCUUCGACACUUGUACGGCCAAGUCUAUAACUUCCCAGUGCAAGUGGAAUUCGAAGCGCCCGACCACGCACGCUGUGGGAACAGAACGGUCUGCAUCCGAGGAAUAUGUGGUCAGAAAUGAGGCAAACGACGCGUAUUUAAAAUAUGUGCGUUUACCCAACUUACUGGAAGUCACAGCAACGGAUACAAAUGAUCCUACGAGCACAUUAUGAACAACGUUAUGUUAUUUGCAAUAAAUAAACUACGAUUAAUUAUUCGA